AUGGCGUCUCCUAAUGAAAUAUCAGGGCUCUCUCCGCCUCUCCAUCAACCACUCAACAAGGAUCAACGCGAGAUACGUCUUGAGAUCCUCCCUAACUCUCCUGACGGCAAAGUUAACUGCAAACUGCACACCGUCCUUCUUACUCCAGAUCUUUACUACGCUUGUAUCUCUUAUGUUUGGGGUGACCCGUCUAUCACUGAAGAGAUCAUUGUGGACGGCGUUCCUCGACAAGUCACCGUUACUCUUGCUACUGCACUUCGACACCUGAAGAAGCAUUGGACUGAGAUCGAAAGCAAGUCAGAUCCUGAGCUUGAUACUUCCAAGUUCCGCUUGUGGGCUGAUGCGCUUUGUAUCAAUCAAGAUGAUCUCACCGAGAGACUGCAUCAAGUCAGCAUGAUGGCGGAUAUCUACUCUUCAGCCGCAAUGGUCCUGGCUUGGCUUUCUUCAAACGACGAAGAUGUUGCUAAAGCGUUCGAUGCUUUUGAACGGAUAGUCCACAUCACCGAAGGAAACGUGGGACCGAUCAACUCUACCGGUCUUGCAGAAAUAGAACUUUUUAGGCUUUGUUUUGACGGGAUUUCUUGGGAGCCUAACCAGUUGGACUGGCUCUUUCCACAUGACUCUACUCUUUUUACUAUUUUUGAUACAGAAAGCAAUAAUCUUCUCGACGGACCUUAUGGAGCCGUAUUCAACUUCUGUCAACUCAAAGGGCUAAAGUUAGCUUUCUCCAGAAUCUGUUACCUCUUCUUCACGCCCUUUCUGUCUCAAGAAAUCGUCGAUGCCGAUAGAAUAUCCGUGUAUGAAUCUGAGGCUUCUAAUGAUUUGGAACAUGUCUAUGGCCUCUUGGCUGUGACCAAGUCGCCGAUCACACCCGACUAUACCAAGUCCAUUCGUGAGGAGGCAAGGGAGCAGAAUUGGGAGGCCAAAUUCAAAGACGAAUGGCGUUAUAGAAUCCCCAACUUCUUGAACGGUCGUUCUGCCGGCAGACGAAAGCGAUUUAGAACAGACACUGCGAGUUGUCGUUGCGCACAUAGAACAGUACCUGAGCUAUUCAACUAUCUACCUAUAGAGAUUGUCGGCGAUAGCUUAUGGGUCAAAGGAAUCAAGGCCCAGCUUGUAAAGACUGUUUACGACGAACCUGUUUCUGUCGAUCUCUCACCACAGGAUAUGUAUCCCACCGGCAAAAGCGUAUUGGAGGUACUGUGCUGUACUCUGCUACGAAAAGAAGUAUAUGAAAACUAUGCUUUCAACAUAGGUCUUUGCGUGGGCUGUUGGUUACACCCCGAAGGUCCAACUCGAGAGAGCGAAUGGAGGAGGCAAUGGUUUCAGAAACCCUACGUAGUCGCGGUACUAUCCGAGUGGGUGUUCAAGGGAAAACUUUUUGAAGGCAACAAGCUAUUCACAACCGAGGAUGGCUAUAUCGGCACGAUGUCAGACGAUGUGCUCCCUGGAGAUGUGGUCUGUGUUCUUGCAGGCUCUAACGAGCUUGCAGUCCUCCGCCCUGAGGAUGACCACUACCUUUUUGUUGGGUGUUGCUUUAUGAUAGGCCUGAUGAGUGGCGAGGUCUCCGAGUUUCUGGUGUCAGGGAGAGCCAAGAUUGAGACCAUUGAAAUCCGAUAA